AUGAUGGCGGCUGUCGAACUCACCGUCGGCUCCCACAAGGCAACGUUGGAUGGAGGUCUGGAGAUGCUCUUCUCCGAUCAACGCCGUCACGACCUCCACAUCCCCGCCAAGGACGGCAGCGGUAGCCCUACGACGGUCGGCUAUCUGAUCGACCAUCUUUGCGACCAUCAGUACUGUAGCAUGUCAUCACCGCCUUUAUGUAUGUGGAUGUGA